UAUUCCCCCCCCACCAACUUCGGCACGCGCCGAACGCGUCGCCGGCAGCUUUGCGGGGCUUGGGAGGUGAAGCGCUGAGCGGCGGAGCGGAUCAGCCCGCGGGAUCGUUCCCCGGGCGGGCGCUCGCCCCGCGCUCCCCGCGCAGCGUCUGCCCGCGGCCGGCUGCAGGUUUUACGCGCGCCCAGCGGGGCUGUUCCCGUCGCCGGCCGGCUCUGCCCUCAGCCGCGCGACGCGGCUCCCCGCGGCAGCUCUUCCCCUCUUCCGAGCGCUUCGUAGACGCGAACAAAGCCGCCGCCGCCGCGGGAAUCGACGACACGGCGCUCCCACGCGAGCUAAGCUGGGAUUUAAUUUCAAGGACGGCCUCCCGACGAGCGCGCGGAGGCAGGCGCGAUCCGAGCAGAAACCCCUUUGCGGCCCGAAAAGCGACGUCUCUGCUUUGCACCUCUCGCUGCGGAGCGGCGCGACCGCGCUAGCGCAGGUUUUUCCGCGUGUCUGCUGCCGGAGGAGCGGUUCCUUCCAGAGGUAAAAUCCAGAACAGGGUCCCCAGCCACCCGAGGAACGCGCCGUCGCUGCACGUGCAGCUGUCCAGCCCGCCUGCAGAAGUGCCCACCGCGGCUUUUUUUUUUUAAAAAAAAACAAUACACGAAAUAACCCGUUCCUUCUUUACUCGGACGCACGCCUGAGCAGUGCACACACCUACGGCUCCCGCUGCCUUCAAGGGCUCCCGCUCUCGAGGUCCGGUGCCAGGCAGCCCCUGCCCUCCGCACCACGCGCCGCGGCGUGCACGGUGCUCCCAGCUCAUCGGAGAGCUGCCGCGAGCGUCUCCGCCCGCCUCUCCACCCGGACAAAGAGGGGAGGGGCUUCUGGAUGACAGGAUUGAAUAGCCACCACCGUUAUUCUAACAACCCUUAUUUCCCCCCCCUCCAAACUCUUGCAAAGAACGAAAUGGCAGAUGUAAACUCCACGAGAGUAUCUCAGUUCUUGCAGAAAUGUGUUAAGCCAGAGGACAACGGAGGAGACCCGCAGCCGAAAGAGGAGGUAACAGAGGAACAGCCUCUUCCCGUCAUCACUCAGUCCUACCCUCAGACAGUGCAAGAGGAGAUAUCCGUGGUCUUCAACACGUACAACAUGGCAGCCAACCUCGGGCCAGCCGCCAGGAGGAAGAGGGAGAAAGGCACCAAUCCCGACGGCACAAGCGCCUCUCUCUACGUCGACCGCCGCAAGUCCAAGGUGUGGAAUUACUACACGAAGCUCGGAGACGCCUACGUCGAGUGCAACGUCUGCAAGAAGCAGCUCUCCUUCCACAACAGCACCACCACGAUGCGGGAGCACCUGGUGAGGAAGCACAGCAUCCGCGACACCUUGCUCUCGCAGCUCAAAGACGAUCAGACUUCCGAGCCCGACUACGCGGCUCAGGAGAACGUUGUGAAGCGGUCCAGGCAGAUGACACCAGAAAACGCUCUGUACCACGCCGCGUCCUGCUCAGAACCGAGGACGGACGUGAUUCUGGAGCUGGUGCUCGAGAUGAUAUUCCGCGACCUGCACCCUCUUUCCAUGGUAAAAGACAAAGGUUUUGGGCUCCUCAUUGGGUACCUAGAACCUAGUUUUACUCUCCCAUCACCCGUGCAGCUCUCCAGCAUGUUGUGGCACAGGUACAACGUGGUCAAGCAGCACCUAGAGCACUAUCUGCAAACGGCUCAGACCAUCGUCAUCUGCGUGGAGUUCUGGGUUUCCCAGCUCAGUCAGACGUACUUGACAAUCAUGGCCAACUUCAUCGACGGGGAAUGGCGCCGGGCAAGGUGCGUUAUGGAAACGCAGCAAGUGCACGAAAACAAAGCCGAGGGCAAUUUAGGAGAGAAGCUGUUUGCUGUCCUGUCCGAGUUUGGCCUGUCCAACAAGUCUGUUUUCUGUGUAAUGCACGACAGCCUGCGGAACACAGCAGCGAAUUCACAGCAGCUGAAAAACGCGUAUGGCUGGACCAGCCUGUGCUGCGCUGCUCACACCCUCCAUCUCUGCAUCAAAGCCGGGCUGGAAGUUGAGCAGGUACAAGAGGCUCUGAGCACUGCUCGGGGCAUUGUGAGAUAUUUUCAGCAGGAUGCAAAAGCCACCUGCUCUUUGAACAGCAAGCUAGAAGCCAUCAACAAAACCAAGCUGAAGCUGGUGAUGGACGUGGGGUCUCGCUGGAUAACGACGAUUGAGAUGUGCGAGAGUCUCCUGGACCUCAAGUGGGCCAUCAUGUCCGUCUUGGAGGAACACCCCAAAGGCACAGCAGCCGUUCAGAACUUGGCUGACCACCAGUGGAAGCUCUUGCAGGACCUGGUACCAGUCAUGAGGACAAUUAAGAUUGCUACCUCGUUCUUGCGCGAGGAGCAGAACGUAUCCAUAUCGUCUCUGAUGCCUUGCAUUCACGGGAUCGUCGCUGCCAUCGGGCAGCAGUCGGAAGAGGCCAGCAGCGUCAUCAAGACGGUUGUAGGCAACAUAAGGUCAGAGCUGACACGCCGCUGGGGCAUAUCGGAGGAUGAGAAAGUGCUGGAAAGCCCAGCAGUUAUCGCCUCCUUUUUAGACCCGCGUUUCAAAGAGAUGAGGUUUUUGAGCCCCACCCUGAGAAGUGAGCUACAUAAAAGAGUCAAAAAUAUGCUGUCACAGGUUUUCAAUCACCAGUCUCCAUCUGCUACCCAUUUUUGGACGCCGAACUCCGAUUACAAAGCAGAGGGUGGAGAAACAGCUAGCCAGCUGUCUGCUCAUAAGGACAGAUGCCCAAGCACCCCGUCGCAGAGCAUGUACGACAUCCUUUUGGGGAAGGACCCAACAGAGAGCAUGCCCGAGAUCCACCAGCAAUUGGAAAACUACAUCGUAGAGCCCCUCUGCAAACGCAGCACCAACCCCCUGGACUGGUGGAAAAGCAACGAGCACCGCUUCCCGGCCGUGGCCCGGCUGAGCAGGCAGUACCUCGCUGUCCCAGCGACGGCUGUGUUGCCUGACCAGGCUUUCGCCGCCAGCGAGAGCACCCUGGAACAUCGACGGGCGGUCCUGGCGCCUGAGAACCUGGACCAAAUUCUAUUCUUGCACCAAAACUUUGACUUUUUAGAAUCAAUGAGAAACAGUAACGAGACUCGUAACAGAAGUCUGCACUAACACGCCCGGAGAAGAGUAUGCGGAGGAGCUCCUCCACCAGCCAUCAGGUGUUUACUCGAUGUGUCAGGCUUUCAGACGCUCAGGCGUCGGUCCAGCAACCCCACUGCAGUUAUCCCUCCGCGUCAGUGGGAGCCGGUGCCGAACCCUCUUCCCAAUUCCUGCCUACACGUUUUUGUAAUCACUCUGCAAUAUUCACAGCGAAGAGCGAGCUCAGGAGGAGGUGUAAACACCCCCCAUGCCAGGAGGUGCUUUCUUGUCCGCUGCGGGGCCUACAGCCCCUGACAUUUUGCUCAGGCCCAAAGCAUUUGCUCUGCGCUCGAGACCUACGUUGGAUCCAUCCAGGGGACACACCAGAGCCUGGGCCAGGAUGAAAGCACCGAACGCGUUCAAGGGCUCCUCUAAACAGCUUCACAGACUCAGGCCUAGUCCACGCCUGAGUGCGUUUUCGCAUGUGAGCAGCACCGCCUGCGGGCGAGCCUGGAGUUAAGAACAGGCUGAGACACGCACUGAGCCGCCGCUACAAAUACACACCUCGUGAUGUCUGCCUCCCGCGGAUACACAGCACGGGUGUGCCAGCAAUAUUAAUGCAUCCACAAACACCGUGUUAAUUAACCGCAUUAUAUUGCUUUCCGAUACCCGCAGAAGGACGGAAGCCCAGGGGACACUCAGGCGUUGUGGACCUGACUUCACCUGGGACAGCGCGUUCGGGGACGCCCUGCGACGAAGGGCUGGCCGAAGCGAACACCCAGGGAUAGCUACGGCGUCCCGUCCUUCCUGCUGGCAACGAACACGAAGAAACCUACAAGUUACAUCAACUUAAACUUGAAAUCACCUCUGAAUUUUCCUCUGGGAUAUGCUAAUAAAUUAUAAUUGUAGGAACCCUUUAUAAAGCAGAGGUCAGUAUGUUAAUAUAUGUAUAGAAUUAAGAUUAUUCAGUGCUACAUCAUCACGCACUUUUUUUUUAAUGAAGCAGCCUGCUGUUUACUGUUUUGCAAUUUUAUUUCUGCUAAAUUAAAGUUUUCAGUCCUCAAAACUACCUUCCUGUCUGCUGGCAGGGUUGCUGAUGACUCAAGCAAAGCAGCUCUAGAAGAAUGCUGUCCACCUUGGCUGCUUUUAGCAUCCCGCAGCAGACCGCUACCCUGGGAAGGUAACACCAGCCUGCACAUACGUCGCAUACUACCUGUAGUUUAUACAGUAAACGUUCAAGUAGCACAUGAAGGCCUUUCUCAGGGGCAGGAGCAGCUGAAACUUUUCCCGCAGUUCCUCCCAAACAGUAAAAGUCUUGGCCAAACCAUUGUGCUUACGCACGUGAAAGCCUGCACCGGGUUAACAACAAAGUUCCUUUUUCAGUCAGCAUUGAAAUUUCUGUGAACAGAAGCAGCCCAAGUAAGUGGUGGACUUCCUGACAAACAGCACACCAAGACAAAGAAAAUCCCUGCCAGUGAUUUGUUCGAGCCCCAUCUUCAUUUUCAGAAGGCAACUUGGUUUCCUUUGAAAUCAUAAGGGCUAGAAAAAAAAAGAUUCUUUGACUAUAUUUUCCCUAUUAAAUACAGGAACGUAACUUAUGAGAAGAGAAGGAAAAGAGUUUGGACCCACUCUGCAAAGCCCCUUUCUGCUUUGGGAGAAUAAAUCUACCAAGGCCCAGACCUGAACAUUGCUCCUUCAAUGAGAGAAUGGAGCUGGGACUAGGACUGGAAUAAAGAUUUGUUUGGAGUGAAUAUCAGUGUUCAGCCUUGCAAAAAUUAGAACAAAACAAAGCCAUAAAAGUCUUAUGGCCUGGCAGCCUUUUAUCCCUCCUGGUGGAGAAAAAAACCCUUAAUUAUAUUUUCUUUGUGGAACUCAUCAAAACCUCAAUUUUAACUACCAAAGCAGUUUAGCAAGGCUGUGUUAUUUAUGCAAACAAAAUAAUAGACACAUUUGUGCAAUAACACAGAACUAGAUAUGGUGCUUUAAAUACUAACACUGAAUCUGCUAGAUAACUAAGAAGAUUUUUGACAGAUCAAACAUGUUUAACCACGUUCCGGUUCUUAUACCAUGUUUAUGAUGCCUGAGCACUUUCCAGCGAGAGAACAAAUAGAACAAUGUGUCACAUGCAACUUCUGCUCCAUCCCUCACCCUACUGGGAACACCACGACAGAAACGCCAAUAAACUGUGUGCUGUAUUACGUAAUAGCAAGAUGAAAGAAAUGACGUUUGCAUUUGGAUUGGAAAGCGAAGACUGAAGUAACUAUGAGGUAAUGGGAAACUACAGUCUUGAAUCAGUCCCAAGGCUCAACUGGUCUGUGGUCUCAAGUCUGCAGAACUUUAACUGUCAAAAUCAUUUCAAGAUCUGUCUUUACAUCCACCUGCCACCUGACUGAGGGGAACGGCACCCACUGAAGCACGUGCUCAGCUACUUCUUUCAAGACUAACGUUGACGUAGCAUGCAGCAUUCAGACCACCAACCAAGUAUAACAAGUCUUGCUUUAAUUAUUUAUCAUAUAACCAGCAAAGCAGUCCAAGAACUUUUACAUCAAGAACCCAAUUUAAUAAGCUAUGUAGAAAGCACAUUAAAAAAAAAACAUGGAUCAGAAGAGUGUUAUUGUCUAAAUCUGAAAUGCUGUGCAUGACUAUCACUUUAUGGCAAAACAAGAUAUUAAAUACAAUGACAAUUUC